AUGCUCAAGAGUCUAUUGACUCCGUUGAAAACUCGGUUCGAGGAAGCUGUCUCUCUACGGAGCAAUGGCACACCUGAUGCGGUGCCCGAGUCCCCGGAGGACUUUGAACGCGAUGCUAGGGUAGAGACCAUGCGGAUGGUAGUCCAAUCGAUAAACGCGGUAGAGGAUGAUACAGCGAGAAUAGACCUUCUGGGUGAAGCCUCAAGACUUAUGCUGAUAGAUCCUGCAACGAAGGAUGUGUUUCGUGAAAUGGACGGAUUUCUUGUGCUCAUCAGUUUUCUGUCAACGAGCGCGUUUUUGCCAAGUGAAAGCCCAGCUAUAGCAUUUGACCUCGUCAUGCAAGUGUUUAGUGUUGCAAUGAUAGACCACCCAAUUAACCAAACGCAUUUUAAACACAAUGUAGGAUAUAGCGCACUCGAGAGUUCGGCCUCUGAUUAUCUCAACCGACCCGAACAAGGCACAAAGGCAAUGGUUCUCUCAUCGUUCGCGGCUUUCGUUUUCCAGCUGCCCUCUCUGUCCGUCUUCCUGCCCACCAUCGACGCGCAAUCCCAUGACGAUUCGGACGCCACAGUAACGCCUGUUGGUGAUUACAUCACUCAGUUGGAUACGCCUUCUGCGCGGAUUAGUCACCCUCUUGCUAUUCCUAUUCUACUUCGUUUAACUUGGUCUCUGUCCAAUGAGACUUACUCAUUUGCUAUGGCGAAACUUUUUGAUAGACUUGCAGCUGUGAGUUAUGCGAAUCGUGCAACAAUGGCAGGGUCUGGCAUCGUUCGCCUUGUCUGGGAUAGAUUGUAUCCAUUGCCCACAUCAAAGUCAAUUGGUAGUACGGACCUUCCGGUUCAGGAAUCUCAUGCUCUACAAAAGCUUCUUCGUCGCGUUAUUGAUGUUGGUGCGCCUUUAUCAGAUUUGAAGCAUUUAUUUAAAAGGACUUCGAGCAACGGAGCUGUGGGGUUGAAGGCCCUUGCCGCGCUCAAGGGAAACCCCCAGGCCAGAUGGCCAAGUUUUCUGUCAUUUCGUGGUGAUAGGUGUGGGCUAGAUGUCGAAAAUCUUAAUCUCAAGGGAAGGGGAAUUAGUGUCUUAUUGUGGAUAUACAUUGAGCACCGUUCUCAUGUCCCUGUCCAUCUAUUUGGGUGUGUUUCGGCCGAAUCUCGUGGGGCUCAAUCUACGCUAUUCGCUCUCGUUCUCAAACCAGAUGGCUGUCUAGCUAUCCAACCGAAUUCUCGUAAAACUAGUGAAACUAGUGACGGGCAGGGGAUAGUCACAUUACCGGGUUCAAUGAUUCAACGUGGUCGAUGGACCCACUUAGGACUCACUUGGGGAUCAGGAGAGAGUGGACUAAAAAUGCACAUUGACGGACAUUUGACUGAUACCCUAUCUACUAUUGUUUAUCCUCGUUUCUCCCAGAUCCACAUAUACUAUGGUUCCUCGCCUCUCGAAAAGUCUUAUACUGGAUCAAACCCUGCCUCAGCUGUUCACUCCAGAAGACCGACGCCACAACAUACUCGUUCCUUUUCUUCAUUUACGUCCCAAUCAUCACUCCCGCCUGCAAAUCCACCGCCCCCGCAAUACUACAUUUCAAGUACCCACAUAUUAAAUACCACGCUCUCUCCGGCCGUUGUUAGACUCGCGCACCAUCUAGGGCCCCGGUACACAGGAACUUUGAGGACAGGCCUGGGGAGACAUUUGACAUACGAGGCAGCGACUGCUCUCAAUGUUUACUUGUUUGCAUCGGCAGGGACAACCAACCUCGGAACGGAUCUCGCAACAGGGCUGGAGAUAGGACUGGGCGAAGCGGUUGUAUGUGCCCUUUUGCCUUCUGGGUGGAUUGAACAGCCGCCUCGGGGAAUCGAAGAAUUGGAGUUGGAUGCGCCUUGGCUUGGAGAAAGAAGGGUCCUGAACUGUGUCGCGGAGAAGGACCAGCGCGGGGCUGGGUGGGCUAGCGUGCGAGGGGAUGUAGUAAAGUGCGAAGUCGUUGGGACUGAUGAGGCGUUGAGGAGAGUCGGAGGUGCUGCCGUCGGAUUAGGGUUUGUUCAGCGGGCAGAGACGACUGAGAUGCUCCAUGAAUCGAUCUGUGUACUCCUUAAUUCCGUGCGAACAAAUUGGAGAGUGUUGGAAGAUAUGGAAAAUCUAUCCGGCUAUGAAGUCUUGGCUCAGUUAUUGUACGAAAAAGCAGGGCUUAUUUCGGUUGAUAUCUUUCAAUCUUUGUUCGAAUUUCUAGGGGUGGAUUUCAAAACUCCUAGUAAAUCUGUCGUGACAAACCCUCAAUCGUACCGCGCUUUCGCCCUCGACAUUGACCUCUGGGCACGCACCAACCCAAGUGUUCAGUCCGCGUAUUUUGACCAUUUUUCAACCCUCCUUACGACAAGUAAACUUUCUCGUUUCACAAUCAAAUCCAAGCUUUCCAAACUCCCAGUUUUGAAAAAGCUCUUGUUGGCUGUCCAGUUGGGUAUUUUCAGGGACGAGAUGGAAGCCCAGCUUGUUCGUGCAUUGAAAGUCGUGGCCCAUGCGAUUUGGACACCGGAAUCAAUCAAAGCGCUGGUUGCCUACCUUGCUGCGAAUCUUCAUACAUCUCAAGCCGGGACAGCUGCGUUGACACCGAUGAGCACCAUGUCCAGCCUUCCUCCCCAGCCCGAUAAAUCUGUUAUAGCCCAGCGCGCAGAGCUCGUUCUCGACGUAGUGAUCACGGUCUUGCACUCUUCUCAUCACCUCCAACGCUUCUGCGCCGCCCUUCCUGCAUCAAGGAUCCUGUUGCUGUUGCUUGGAGAACGCCCGACCCCUGUUGUCGCCGCCCAUAUGUUGACCCUUCUCGGACUGAUGAUGAAUAACUCGCCUAGCUUUGGACGCAAGUUUGAGCUCGCCCAUGGCUGGACGGUGAUCAGAUGUGUGGUCCCUGGCGCUUGGGACCCGAGUGUACAUGUGGCCGCCUUUGACCUGUUAUUCGGUCGGAUAGGAGGAAACGCAAGCUCGGCUCAUGGAGAGGGACAAGUCGUCAAUCCCGUUAUGUUUUCCACGAUUCUCACGGCGCUACAACGAGGACUCCAGCAGCGCGAAUCGGAUGCGGUAAUGGAUGUCUUGGUCGGAGAAAUGGUCGAGCUAUAUGAAUCGGUUCCGACUUUCAGACUACUCUUCAAGACCAAGUCGUCAAUGACCAUAUUUGUGGACCUUUACCGUGACUUUUUGAAACUUAGAAGGGAGGAAGGACAGACCGAGAGGGAGGGUACUGGGGCGAGGUUGGAAGAAAAGUUAAGAAAGCUUGCUAAUCUUCUGAGCGAAAACUCGGUAAUCGAUGCGGGCCAGAGGCAAGAGCUACGAGACUUGUCAAAUGGGGCUCGACCUAUAAACACAAGUCGUCGUGCCUCGGCUCGAAUAUCGCUCAAUACACUUGGUGGUGCCGAGCCCACUUACGUUAAGACAAUGAUGAGACUUGCUUCCUGGCGAAAAACUACGGCUACGUCCGAGAGACAGAGGCUGAGGAAAAUGAUACAAGACAGACGCGAGGCACGGAGGCAAGCAUCCAAUCAACAAGAAUGGAAGCGGCGGAUCGAAGGAGAUUCUGAAUUAUUCCCUGGAUCUAAGCGCGAGAUUAAAUGGCAGCUGGACGACACGGAGGGACCGUUUCGUGUUCGGAAAAAAUUACAAAUGGAACAGGGGAGACUUGGCCGCGAGGCUGAUGACGACUUGCCGUACUUUUCUCGAGAAGUUCGAGAAACAGAAGACGAUUCAUCUUCGGUAGUUCACGUCGAGGUUCCGCCCUGGGCUGAAAGCUACGAAAUUGCAGCAACCGGCCAAGAGGAGCUCGAAGGGGAUGACACUGAUGACAAGUUGAGGCAUAUUCGACAUGAACUUGUUGCCGGUGACGUUGUCGAAGAGGUCCAAAAUGUUUCGCGAGUGUUGGGAGUAGAUGCCUGGCCUGGACUAAUCAUCAUGGGCAAAACGCAUUUAUAUCUUGUCGAUGGCCUUUAUCAGAAUCAACAAGGUGAUAUUGUUGCGGCUAUCGAAGCACCAAAGGACGCUUUUUUGAUUCCUGGAGUGGCACUUGAGCUCGAAAACAGCCGACUGACGCAAAAAUGGCCAUACACUCAGCUUGCAGCUCAAUCAAAGCGGACAUUCUUAUUUAGAGACGUUGGGCUUGAAUUUUACUUCAAGGAUAACCGCACGGUACUGGUUGUAUGCGCCACGUCAGAUGCACGACAACAAAUUCUAAACAAAAUCGCAUUUGUACAAGCCCGAAGCAGCCUUGAGUCUCUGACCCCUGGCGGGUUCCGGUCUCCCUUAAUUAACCGUAUGAGUGCGCGAGUUAGCCUGGCCUUUCAAGGUCGGGACGAAGUAUCUACGGCGACUCGAAGGUGGCAAGCACGAGAGAUCAGUAACUUUGCUUAUCUAAGUAUACUGAAUCAAGCUUCCGGGAGGACCUGCAAUGAUCUCACUCAAUAUCCCGUUUUUCCCUGGGUUCUCAGUGAUUACACAUCCAAAACACUGGACCUCAACUCCCCGGAGACCUUCAGAAUCUUAUCGAAACCGAUGGGUGCACUGUCGCCCGCGAGAAUGGAAGCCGCCAAGACUCGCUAUUCAAGUCUGGAAUCCAUCGGAGAACAAGCUUUCAAUUACGGGACUCAUUUCUCCUCAUCUAUGAUCGUUUGCCACUUUUUGAUCCGGCUCGCCCCCUUUACGCAUCAUUUUAGACGGCUUCAGGGAGGCAGUUGGGAUCUCCCUGAUCGCCUUUUUCAUAGCAUACAACGAGCAUGGGAGUCGGCAUCAGAAGAUACCAGGGGUGACGUUAGGGAGCUAAUUCCGGAAAUGUUUACCUGUCACGAGUUCUUGGACAAUCGAGCAAAUUUAGACCUUGGGAUCCAAGGAAAUGGCGAGCGCGUAGACAAUGUUAAACUGCCACCGUGGUGCAACGACGAUCCUUACUUGUUUAUUCAACUCCACAGACAGGCCUUGGAAAGCGAACUUGUAAGCAGAGGGCUGCCUUCUUGGAUCGAUUUAAUUUGGGGUCACAAACAACGAGACCCAGAAUCAUUCAACGUUUUUCACCCUUUGAGUUACGAAGGUACCAUUGACCUGGAUUCGAUCACCGACCCUAUGGAACGAGAUGCCACCGUAGGCAUCAUUCACAAUUUUGGACAGACGCCACGAAAACUAUUUACUAGUCCACACCCACCGCGUAUGAUGGAAGGAGUAAAGACAUUACCAUUAGGAACAAUUUACGGGAUUGAAGAAAGCUAUGACUUGUUAUGUCAUACGUACCGCCCGGUACAUACCAUAGACGGACCGGUGGAGCAGCUUGUGAUCGAUAAUAUCUCGGAUCGGAUUAUCCCUUGUGCCACCCAUACUUUGAGGAACCCCGAUGUACCUCAUGAGCGACUUGAGUGGGGGUUCAAUGAUCCUUCAAAAGCUUGGUCGAUAGUCGUCAGCGGAUCUGAAGAUGAAACCCACCACAACCAUAGAGGACUCGCUGCAGUAUGGGACCUAAAGCGUGGCGUUCAUGUGUGGACCGUCCUUCACGAAACGCCUGUUUCCUUGUGUACAGUGAUGGAAUCUACGGGGAACAUUGCAACCUGCUCGGCCACAUCACUUAAGCUUCACACCCUCAAUGGUUACUUCGUUGCGGAGCUGGAGGUUGCGCAGCCUAUCCUGGCGUUAAGUUUCCACGAGCGCGAAUACUCGCCUGUGGGGAUACUCGCGACGGCUAUUGGAGGAGAAAUUAUUCUCAGGACAUGGAAGCCCAAAACACCUGGACUCGAGGACCCGAAUCCACCGCGGCCAACGAAUCAGGAGGGACCUGCUCGGUGGGAUUUCCUUGCCCUUCGGACGCUCAGUUUACAAACGGAAGGAGUUGGCCUCGCUAUGCGAAUGCCAAGAGUAACAUCGCUAAAAUUCGUGGGGGAAUCGUUGUUUCACGGAGACGAAGCGGGGCGCGUUUACUCAUGGACUUUACCAGACUGA